CCCCAGGAAAUUCAAAGAUUCAAGAAAAUGUUGAUUUCAAGAGAAUGAAUUUGGUAAAUUGCCGAUGCCCAGAUGGAGUUCUUCACUGUUCAGUGAAAGCCAAUCUUCACCUAAUCAGAUGAAUUCUUAGGAGUAAUGCCUCAAUGAAGCUUGCAGGCAAAGCGCCAAGCAGGAAGAAGGAAGGGAAAGCGACAGCUGAAAGACAAAACAGCAUACAGUUUCUUAUUGUUGGGUGGGUUCGGACUGUCCCGCGCUUUCAUAAGACUUAACGUGCAAAAUUUCCGAAACUAACAUAGGAGGAACAAAUCCGUGGGUAUAUAAUGAAGAGGUUCGCGGCUUGUUGUUUCCCAAUCAGAGCCUCCAAAUCCCAUUCUCAGCAAUCCCAUCCUCAGGUUUCAAGAGAGAGCAUGGAAAACCCAGCAAUCGUCAAUGUCAAUGACAAGGAGAGUAUGGAGAAGCCUGCAGUUAUCAAUGCCAGCAGUAUCUUGGAAUCUGAGGAUUCAAAGGAGAACAUGAAAAGUGAGACGGGCUAUUCUGCUACUAAUAAUAUUGUCCUUAACCAUGAGUUCUCUGAAGGGCUGCAUAUGUGGCACGCUAAUUGCUGUGAAGCCUAUGUGGUUCCAGUAGGUUGUGGUGAUAAAGGAGUGCCAACAGAUUUUGGCGGUUGUUAUGCUGUUAUUACAAAUCGCAAGGACUCCUGGCAAGGCUUGGAGCAAGAUAUUACAAACAGAGUUUCCACGGGUUCCAUUUAUUCAGUUCGUGCUUGUGUUGGAGUCUCGGGGACAAUUUCAGGCUCUACUGAUGUCCUGGCUACACUGAAACUUGAAUACCAAGACUCGGCUACCAGAUAUCUCUUUAUUGGAAGAAAAUCUGUUAGUGUAAACAGUUGGGAAACACUGGAAGGAUCAUUUUCACUGUCUGCUAAACCUGAUCGGGUUGUAUUUUAUCUGGAAGGGCCUUCACCUGGAGUAGACAUACUCAUAAAAUCAGUCAUAAUCUCUUGUUCCAGUCCCAGAAAAUGUGAGAAUUCAAGCACAGUUCAUGUAUCUGAUGGAGACGAGAGUGUUAUAUUGAACCCCACAUUUGAGGAUGGUCUGAAUAACUGGACGGGAAGAGGCUGCAAUGUUGUUUUACAUGAUUCUAUGGCAGAUGGGAAAAUCCUUCCACUAUCUGGCAAGGUCUUUGCAUGUGCAACAGCACGAACACAGACCUGGCAUGGCAUUCAGCAAGAGGUAACCGGAAGAGUGCAGCGAAAGCUUGCAUACGAGGCUACAGCUGUAGUUCGGAUAUAUGGAAACAAUGUAACUAGUUCAGAAGUUCGGAUAACGUUGUGGGUUCAGGCUGCUGAUCUCCGUGAACAGUACAUAGGCGUUGCCAAAGUACAAGCAACAGACAAGGACUGGGCACAGUUACAAGGAAAAUUCCUUAUAAAUGGUUCCCCUUCGAAACUAGCUAUUUUUCUUGAAGGCCCACCUCCAGGCACCGACAUCCUCAUUAAUUAUUUUGGUGUAAAGCAUGCUGCUAAAGUGCCUCCAUCACCUCCACCGGUGAUUGAGAAUCCUGGUUAUGGUGUAAAUAUUAUUACAAAUAGCAAUCUCAAUGAUGGGACAAACGGGUGGUUUCCCCUUGGCAAUUGCACGAUGAGUGCUGCAACUGGCUCGCCACAUAUAAUGCCUCCCAGGGCUAGAGAUUCACUCGGGGCUCAUGCACCUUUAAGUGGUUCCUAUAUUCUUGUGACUAAUCGCACCCAGACAUGGAUGGGUCCUGCCCAGAUGAUUUCAGAUAAAGUUAAACCCUAUUUGACAUAUCAGGUCUCUGCAUGGGUUAAAAUUGGAAACGCGACUGGUCCUCAGAGUGUAAACAUUGCCCUCUCGGUGGACAGCCAAUGGGUGAAUGGGGGCCAAGUUGAGAUUACUGAUGAUCGGUGGCAUGAAAUUGGUGGAGCCUUCAGAAUAGAGAAGCAGGCGGCUAAGAUAAUGGCGUAUAUUCAGGGUCCCGCUGUAGGCGUUGAUUUAAUGGUUGCUGGACUUCAAAUUUUUGCUGUUGACAGACAGGCUCGGUUUAAGCAUCUGAAAAGAGAAACUGAUAAGAUACGCAAGCGUGAUGUUGUCUUGAAAUUCUCGGGAUCAGGUGCAGGCAGUUUGCUUGGCACCUUAGUGAGAGUACGACAAACGCAAAACAGCUUCCCCUUUGGGUCGUGCAUUAAUAGGUCCCAAAUGGACAAUGAAGACUUCACUGCUUUCUUUGUCAAGAAUUUUAAUUGGGCUGUGUUUGGGAAUGAGCUGAAGUGGUACUCGACGGAAGUGCAGCAAGGGAAGCUAACUUAUAAAGACGCUGAUGAGCUCCUGGACUUUUGCACGAAGAACAACAUGCCAGUUCGCGGCCAUUGCAUAUUCUGGGAGGUGGAGUCCACGGUUCAGCAAUGGAUUCGUUCUUUGAGCAAGAACGACAUGUAUACAGCAGUUCAGAACCGUCUAACGAGCUUGCUCACGCGCUACAAGGGAAAAUUCCCUCAGUACGACGUGAACAAUGAGAUGUUGCAUGGCUCGUUCUAUCAGGAUCACUUGGGGAAAGAAAUCAGAGUGAACAUGUUCAAGACUGCCCACCAACUCGACCCGUCUGCAGUCCUAUUUGUCAACGAUUACCACGUUGAGGACUAUUCUGACAGCCGGUCAUCUCCAGAGAAGUAUAUCGACCACAUUCUUGAUCUCCAGGAGCAAGGGGCGCCCGUGGGGGGAAUAGGCGUUCAAGGACACAUAGACAACCCGGUUGGGACUGUUGUGUGCUCGGCUCUCGACAAACUCGGGAUUCUCGGACUCCCCAUCUGGUUCACCGAACUCGAUUUCUCUUCAGCCAACGAAUACGUUAGAGCUGACGAUUUAGAAGUGAUGCUGCGCGAGUGCUUCGCCCACCCUGCAGUGGAAGGCAUAGUCCUCUGGGGAUUCUGGGAGCUGUUCACGAGCCGAGAAAACUCGCAUUUGGUGAAUGCUGAAGGUGAUUUGAAUGAAGCUGGGAAGAGAUACCUAGCCCUGAAGCAAGAAUGGAUGACACAUGGGCAUGGACAUAUUGAUGAGCAGGGACAGUACUGCUUCAGAGGAUUCCUUGGAUCAUAUGAAGUGGAAAUCAUCACUGCCACAAAGAAAAUCACCAAAACAUUUGUUGUUGCUGAAAAGGGUGAUGAUCCACAGGUAAUCUCCAUUGAUGGCCUGUAAUUCUCCUUAUCCAUGCUGAUAUUCAUGCCCAGUUUAUGUUCUUGUGAGUGUGUGAUUCUGGAAGAGUGAAUUGUCUUGUGGUUUUAUCAUUCUCUGUGUGUAUACAAACCUGGAGUGAAAUCCCAGUACCUGUUCUACUAUGCAUAUACAUAACUGAAUAAAAGAGGCAUUCUACAUCUAUA